CCACUCACGUGACUGAGCACUCUGCAUCAAGUGAAACUUCGCAGCCCACAGGAAACCUCGACUCCUUUUGACCUGCUCCACGGUGAGAAGCAGCAUUUCUCGGCCUUGCAACUGUGCUGACCAUGGGAAGAAGCUCGCCGCAGCUCAUCUUGCUUGCCUUUGCCUGUGCAUUUUCUUCCUGCUGUGCUGAAGUGGCACUGGUUGCCAAGCAGUCUCCACAAACCACAUCCUUCCACCAUGCAGUUACUUCUGCUCACCCACUUUCUCUUUAUCAUUCUUCGCCCCAUCGAGGCACCACGGUUCAAUCUAACAGCACAGACUCCAUGAGCCAUACAACUGUGCAGAGAACAGGCCAGCAUCAGGUAACCACAACAUCAGCCCCCUACGUGACAGCCCAGGCAGGAGCAGCCACCAGAAGAGCAGCUGGCCAGACAUCUCCCACGGCAGUAACCACAACAGCAGCAAAUGCAACUGCAGCUGGCCAGACUACAACCCAAGCAAUGGAAACAAUUACACCAACUGUGAAGAACACAACCGUAUACUCCACGGCCCCAGCCAACCAAACCACAACGCACGCAAGCACAGCUACAAACACAACCAUGAAGAAUACAACAUCAGAGAAGCAAAUGACAACCACUGCCAGAACUUCUACAGCCAAGAAAAUUAUAAAUCCCACCACAGCAUCAACAAAUCGAACAACAACUCCUAAAAGUCCAACAACCACAGCCAUGCACAACAUGACCACCGUUCAUCCACGGAUUCAAACAACCACCUCAACUAGUACAGUGACGGUGAGACCCACUCUUGCACCACAGCCUUCUCCCAUCCCCACUGGCACAUACACCCUUUCCAGUGGGAACAAGACCUGCAUCAAAGCAGCGAUGGGUUUGCAGCUGAUGGUUCAAAACAAACAGAAGAAGCGGAUGGAGUACUUGACUGUCAACCCCAACGCGACGCGGAUAUCUGGAAGCUGUGGGACAGUGCAGUCCGUGCUGAACAUCACCUUUAGUGGAGGGUUUAUAAACUUUGUCUUUGUAAAGAAAGCUCCCAUAUACUAUGCCAGUGCAAUUGAGGCUGGAUUACAGUUACCUUCUGAAGGGGUACUUUACUAUGUAGCCAUACAUGAGCAGCAUUUUACAGCAAAGCUGGGGAAUUCCUUUAAGUGUGCCAGCAAGCAAACCUUUGGCUUGGAGAAGACCUUUCAGCUACUCAUUGUUAAUAUGCAGCUGCAGGCCUUUGAUAUUGUCGGUAAUCAGUUUGGAAAAGAAGAAGAAUGUUUUCGUGAUAAAACCAGGAAAGCAGUUCCCGUCGCUGUGGGCCUGAGCAUACUGGGACUGUUGGUCAUUGUGUUCAUCACAUUCCUGAUUUCCAGAAAAAAGUCAUACAGAGGAUACGAACGUAUAUGAGGUGCCUUUGUACUUCCAGAUGUGUGUGGCAAGUAGAGAAGUCCCAAGUUUUUGCUUCUACCUGGCAGUCUCGCUACCCUGGAGGCGUAUUUUUAAGUGAAAUGACACCAUGUGUUUAAAGCUAAUGCAUGUUUCUGGGAGUGAUUUUGUUAAGGUGGGAAGGAGAGGACUUAUGCCAUGUAUUUUAGGCUAUUCUUAGUGUCUAAUUUAGAUGUAGUCCAGAUGACCAAAUUUGAAAGAAUAAAUUCCUUAUAUUAUCGACAAAGGAGGCAAUUCAGACCACCUAAGUCAGAUGAUCAAAAAUAGUUUAAAGCAGACAGUAUCAUUAUCCACCAUAAAAUCAAUUAGAUUUUUCUUAAAAAUAAAAUAAAAAGUUAACAAGAACCCAGUUCUUAAAGAUGGCAUUCAGAUUUCUUAGAAGAGAUGAGUCCAGUAGUACAACCUUCCAGUGAGCAGAGCAGAGGUCCACAGCUACAGACAACCCUGUUAAAUCAGAGUUCAGUACUAGCCUUGUGGGAGCAUUGUGUUUGCUGAAGGCUCAGGGCAAGUUAAAGUAUGACUUCCAUUGAUAAACAGAUUCCCACUAGUCUUUUAAAAUACCGGGGUUAUAAUUAGUAACUUCUUGUUGCUUCCUACUAAGCCUUUCAGAGGGACACAGUGGUAAUACGUUAGUUACCCUCAUGCUGAAGGCAGUAUUUUUAGAUUUUUUUCUAGCUGCAGCUGACUGCAUGCAGAUACGAUGACUCAAAGAGGGUCUCUCUUAAUGUGGGAAACAUACCAUUGCCACUGAAAAUGCUGGGGAUUAAGUAGCCAGCACUGUGGCAGACCUGCACAAGGUCCUUGAGCAAACAAAUCCAUCGAAGCUCUCUGUUUAGGGCUUCCGUGGGAACUAAAAGCCUGCACAGGCUUUGGGCAAACAUUCUGCCCAAGAGUGAAUGCUACCCAAUGCACUUACAGUUGACCAGCCAGAUUUUCAUAUGGAAAUAGCUUGGAGUUGCUUUAAAGCACACUAUUUGUAACACUCUGUAGUCUGUUUCCUGCUAAGCAAAUGAUGAAGGUUUGUAAGCAGUAAUUGCUUAUAAGAAUAAUUAAGUUCAGCUAGUGUUCUCUGUUGUCACACAAGAUUUACAAAGCUAAACGUAUGCACAUAAACACACGUGUACACACACAUACCGCAUACAAAUCUUACUUAGUAAGCAAAAUGUAGUUUGCUUACUUCAGCAAACUACAUGAAAAUGAUAAGAAAUUAUAUAUAAAAACAUUUAUAAAAGAGAAAAUAAUAUUCUGUAAGAGCUCAUUUCCUCCUUAGGGGUUAGAGCAAUGUUAAUGUUAAAUGUUACUAACACAAGUUUUGCCUUGAAAAGGACUUUGGAAUGGCACCCAUUAAACAAAAGAAAGACUGAAGUUAUCUGUAAAAAUUCCUUGUUUGUUGUUAGUUUAAUUUGGAAAUAAGCAACAUAGAAAUGCUGGAAGAUAGUUUGAUUUCCAUUAAGCAAUGGCCCAAAUCCUGAGCAGCUAUGACUGGUAAUGGAUUUUCAUGGGGUAAAACAGAUGUCAAAACCUCGUGACUCUAAUUUGCCCUAAGUAUUUUUUAAAAUAAUUUUGAUAUUUUGCUAGUAUUUAACCAUUGAGAGUUUAGUUAUUUAAACUGAGAAAGGAAAGAAAUCCUUCCAUUCCAUGAACUCCUGGAAGGUGCUGGACCACAUCAAGCAGGAAACACGUCUCAGCAGCCGCACCAUUCCAUAGUCGCCCUAACAGGUAGCUGUGUAAUUAACAAUCUCCAGAAAUGUUCCCUUUGAGUCUGAAUGAACCCAUAAGUAAGAAUGAUGAAGACAAUUUUGAAGCACUUUUGCACUUGGAGAAGAAUAAGGCAGAACUCAGAACCACUUAAGAGCAAGGGACACAACUGACUACAAUUAGAAGGUAAAGCAGCAUAUAGACACAGUAAUUUGAAUGCUCCAGUAUUUCAAUGAUUAUUUUGUAAAAGGCUCCAGCAAUGUUGAUAUUACUUAACAAACUUUAGCUUAUUUUAGCUCUUCCUCUUUUACCCUGUUAGGGGACACACAGCCCACUGACCUCAGUGUCUUUGUUCAGGCCCUGGGCUUAAUAGGAUCUCCCUAAAUAUCAGGGUGAUCUUCCUGUUCAUGGUUCCUCUCACAUGAAAAUCAGUGAGUUAACAGGAGAUCUGGGUGCUGGGAACAAGUUCCUGUCUCUAAGAACUAAAGGUCUGGAAAGAUUUGGGGAAUUUUGAGACUGCUGCUUGUUUCUUCUGAACAAAGUGAAAUGUCAAGUUUUGUUCAUCUGAUGAAGAAGUGAAGCUGUGGAUUUUUCUGAGUUACUUGUUCCUAAGUAGAAGAGAACAGUUUCAAUACUAUUGAACUGUUGUUUAGAAAGCAGAUUUUUUUUAUAUGGUAUUAAAGGGGCUUUUUUUUGUUUUUGUUUUUAAAAACAAUGUCAUUGUUGAGGUGCACAGCAACUAAAGGAAAAUAUAUGGAAGUGCUUCCAGUUGAAAAUGAACCCCUGUGUGCAAUACUUAUGCUUGUGUUCUAAAACUGUGACAUGUGGACAUUUGAACAAGCAUUGCCUUAAAAGCAGAGUUCCACACACAAUCUGACCCAAAGCCAUUCUGACUGGUGGUCAAUAGGCAUCUUUCCAACUCAAAACUAAAUCCUAUUUCACAUGUUCUUUGGGGUUUUGGAUUGUCUGAUAUAUAUGGUUUAUUACUUUUGUUGAUAUGAAUUUAGCAUUUUCUUGUUAUGCUCUGUACUGAAAAAAGCUCUUUAUGUUAAUAUUAAAUCUUUUAACAUUUUCUAGCAAAAGGAGGCUAGAAAGGUGUUCUUAAUGGUUGGUUGUGUUUAAUCUUGUGACAUCCUCUGGCAUGUUUACCAGUGAUGCAAAGAUAAUGCUUUUUUCCCCUAUUUUUUUCUCACUUUCAUGAAUCAAACUGUUGGUAUUGAGCAAUGCUUAGAUUCAUGUUUUCAUUUUUUUUUUUAUUGCUAUUAUUUGUUUGCUGUUUUUCUGAAGCUGCCUACAGUCCUUUCUGGGCUUGCCCUAAAUGGCAGAGGUGACGUGCCCGUGUUCUAAACCCAUGAAACAAUUCCAAGUUCCCAUGACACGCUGCCAACGUGCAGCCAGAUGAGUCCAGUGGAGUUUGUGCUUUACAGCAGCUGAGGAUCCAUUGGACAAGUCCUUCCUGCAUCAGAUCCCAGUCCCCAGGGUGCAACCAUUCCCCCACCUGCAGCCUGGCCUGAGUGCUGUCACCUCCUUCCCCGAGCACAAAACACACAGGCAGCCCAGUGCUCUGCUGCUCCUCUCACCCCAGGGCACGCCGCUCACGUGGUCUCUCGCACACCCAGGCUGGACACAAGAGCAUCCCAUAGGUACAUGCUGUCAUAGUUAGCCAAGCUGCCAAGGAGUUUAUAAAAGUUUAAUUGCUUUCAGUCAUUUAUUGCUCUCUGAUAUACAAAAACAACAUUAAAAAAAAAAAGUCCAAAUUAAAAACCAGCAGUUAUUUCUUGUUGAGCAGAGGAAGGGAAAUGUAGAUUAGCUUCCUGAGUGUAUGAAGAAGGUUUGGGUGAUCUCUUCUAGCUUGCUGUAAUAUGUGGUUGCUAAAAAUUACUUUGUUAUGAGAAGUAAGAUAUGCUCAUUAUUUUUCUAUUAUUGGUAUUUCUAUAAUAAAGACUGUAUUUAGUCAUUAGAGUGUGCAUUUCUGUGCAAUUGCUUUCUUUUGAGUGCUGUUCCACCUAAGCUGUUUAAAAUAAAAUUGCAGUCUAACAAACAGGCAGGGGCAUAUGGGCUUUGGACACAAGCCACAGACACAGAUUUGCUUAUAUCCUAGCCAUGACUCUGACAAUGAUUUUUUCUGUGGUUUGGGCAUCUCAUCUGACAUUUCUAUCUAUGUGUCAUCGGUAUUAAAAAAUAAAUAAAAUUGAACACAGUACGAAGUUUUCUGUUAAUCCCCCCACAACUUCCUGUGUUGCUUUUUUUUAUAUGUCUACUUCUCGUUUUGAUUGCUAUUGGUCCAAUAAACACAGACCAUAACUCACA